AUGACGGGAUUUAUCACUUUAAAUUUCGAUGCUUUCCAAGAGAGGUUGAAUACCUUUAAUAGGAUUUUCCCUCAAAAGGAAGUGUUGCAAUUGUAUGAAUUCCAGCCUAAUCUUAAUACCGAUGAGAAUCUUACAUCAAUGUCACAAAUGGCUCUCGAUGAGAAGAAUACUAUUCCUUUUAUUUAUGUUUACAAACCAAUUUUCAUAGAGUUGGUCUCAAGAUGGACUAGCGGGUCUGAAUUUGAGGAUGUUAGCGUAAUAUACGCUUUGGGCAGAUGCAUUUCAAUUUGCCCUGAGGUCUGUACUCUUUUAGAGUAUUUUUUGAACAAGAAGUGUGAAUACUUCAAUGCAUUACUACAAACAUGUGAUCAAAAAGACGAUUCCAAGUUGCAUAAGCUGCUGUUGGCUUACUAUAGAUGUCUUUUCCAUGAUAGAGAACGCUUCAAGAAUUAUAUCAAACCCGAGUUGCUGUAUUCUUUGUUGAGUGGCCAGAGAGAAGGUAGGCGUUUGAUAAUAAAGUUUUUAGCAGUCAAGAUUCUUGCAAUAUAUUUGGAGUUAGCCGAAGCGGCAUUCAUAAAGCUUUUGGACAAACAUGUUCCACCUUCAGAGCCAGUGUUGGCAGAAUAUGAAGGUUGUGAUCAUGUAGACUACCGUUUUUUGGAGUUAAAUGAAGCAAAGAGAUUAUCAAACUUUUCUAAGCUACCGCAGCCAUCUAUAACGAACAACAGUUUAGACGCAUGGAAUCCGAAAGGGGAAAAGAAAGUUAAAUGCAACCUUUAUAAAGUUGAAAUCAGUAGCUUAUCUCAAAAUAUCGUAUCGAUAUUCGGUGUUUUGGUUCCAAGAGUCAACAAUCAUACUGAACUUUAUACACCUAAGGUUGUGCAAACUAAAAAAGCAGUUUUUACUAUGGCCAAUUUGGCACUUUGUAUCCAACUCUCAAAACCUGUAAUGUUAGUGGGCAAAUCUGGUUCUGGAAAAACAUUCCUAAUAAAUGAACUUGCCAAAACUACAUGUUAUCAUAGUUCCAUAGUUAGGAUUCAUUUGGGUGAACAAACAGAUGCAAAGCUAUUACUGGGAACAUAUACUUCAGGUGAAAAGCCAGGCACAUUUGAAUGGAGGUCUGGUGUUUUAACAACUGCUGUAAAGGAGGGAAGAUGGGUCCUAAUAGAAGAUAUAGACAAAGCCCCGACAGAGGUCCUUUCUGUACUGUUACCACUAUUGGAAAGAAGAGAACUUUCAAUUCCAUCUCGUGGCGAAAUUAUCAAAGCAGCAAAUGGGUUUCAAUUGAUAUCGACGCUGACAUUAGACAAUAUUAAUCAAAACAAUGGUUCAGAUCCGCAUUUGCCAGAUUUGAUUGGAAUGUCGCGCUGGGAACACGUGAUAUUAGAAGAACCUUCGGAUGAAGACAUAAUGUUCAUUCUAUCUGAAAAAUAUCCCCUCCUUAAAAACAUGAUUUCCAGAUUCAUAUUAACAUUCAAUUCAGUGAAGGAAAUUUACAAUAAGCCACAGUUCAUAUUUCUAAACAAGGGAGUUCAUCCUAGAGUAGUUUCACUAAGGGAUCUCGUGAAGUUAUGUAAGAGGGUUGAGGCGCUUUUGGUUAAUAGCGGUGUUAAAAAAGGUGAUGAAUUGAUUGAAUCAUCUAUAUACGAUCAGAUAUUUGCGGAAGCAGUUGAUUGUUUCGCCGGAGCUGUUAGUGAGCCUGCAGCUUUACAGCCAUUAGUGGCUGCUAUUGGCGAGUCUUUAGAAAUUCCGGCUUCCCGAGUAAGAUUACAUUCUACCAACUAUGUUCCUCAGCUUCAAGAAGAUGAAUCGGAGAUCAAAAUAGGAAGAGCCAAACUUACCAAAUCUGUAAUAUCCCUGGCGAAGAAGUCCGCUAAUAGCACAUCGUUUGCUAUAACUAACCAUUCUUUGAGGUUAAUGGAGCAAAUCAGUGUUGCUAUACAGAUGGUCGAACCUGUGCUAUUGGUGGGUGAAACUGGUACCGGUAAGACUACGGUAGUUCAGCAAGUUGCUAAAUUAAUGAACAAAUCUCUAACAGUAAUAAAUGUCUCACAACAGACCGAAAGUGGGGACCUUUUAGGUGGCUACAAACCUGUAAAUUGUAGAACAGUAGCUUCGCCAAUAUUGGAAACUUUCGAGACGUUAUUCGCAGCUACUUUUUCGAUGAAAAGGAAUGAACGGUUCUAUCACAUGUUAUCCAAGUGUUUUAAUAAGGGACAAUGGAAGCACGUUAUAAAACUAUGGAAAGAAGCAGUGAAAAUGGCCAAUGGUAUAUUAUUGAAAGAAGAAAAAUCAUCUGACGAGGAAGAGACAAGGAAAAAAAAGCGAAGGCUAAAUUCAUGCGAAAAGCAGGCACUGUUGGAAAAGUGGGCUCAGUUUGAAUUAAAUGUUAAACAGUUUGAGUUGCAAGCGCUUUCUAUGGAAAACUCAUUCGUAUUUGAUUUUGUUGAGGGUUCAUUGGUAAAAGCCAUUAGAAGUGGUGACUGGUUACUACUAGAUGAAGUUAACUUGGCAUCAGCUGAUACUUUAGAAAAUAUUACAGACUUGUUAGCGGAAGAAGAGUCUAGAAGUCUUCUUUUAUCCGAGAAAGGCGAGGCAGAGUCUAUUAAAGUUCAUCCUGACUUUAGAAUUUUCGCAUGUAUGAAUCCCGCCACAGAUGUUGGCAAACGUGAUUUACCGGCUGGUAUAAGGUCGCGUUUUACUGAAAUUUAUGUUCAUCCUGUGGAUCGAGACAUAACAGAUUUACUCUCGAUUAUUGACAAAUAUAUUGGAAGGUAUAGUGUUUCUGAUGAAUGGGUAGGUAAUGAUAUUGCGCAACUCUAUCUUCAAUCCAAAAAGCUUGCUGACGCAAAUAUGAUUGUGGAUGGUUCUAACCAGAAACCUCACUUCAGUGUUCGUACUUUGACAAGGAGUUUGCUUUAUGUUCGUGAUAUUGUCCAAAUUUAUGGUCUCCGUCGUUCGCUUUAUGAAGCUUUUUGCAUGAGUUUCCUAACCUUAUUAGAUGCAGCUUCAGAAGCUAUUCUACUACCUGUGAUUCAAGAAUAUACGAUCGGCAAGUUAAAGAACGCCAAAUCGGUAAUUUCCCAGAUCCCGCCAUCGCCAGGGCCUGAGUACGUCAGGUUCCGUCACUACUGGAUGAGAAGAGGCAACAAAGCUAUCCAAGAGCAGCCGCACUAUAUUUUAACACCAUCUGUUGAAAUGAACAUGCUAAACCUUGUUAGAGCCACUUCGGGAAGAAGGUUCCCUAUUCUAAUUCAGGGCCCCACGUCGGCAGGUAAAACUUCUAUGAUUAGCUAUCUUGCGGAUAUAACUGGACAUAAGUUCGUCAGGAUCAAUAAUCACGAACACACUGACUUACAGGAAUACCUUGGAACAUAUGCAGUCGAUGAUAGUGGUAAAUUAGUAUUCAAGGAAGGAAUUUUAGUUGAAGCUUUACGGAACGGUUAUUGGAUUGUACUAGACGAGUUGAAUCUUGCGCCUUCAGAUGUUCUAGAAGCCUUGAACAGAUUGUUAGAUGACAAUAGGGAGCUGUUAAUUCCGGAAACUCAGGAGGUUAUACACCCACACCCUGAUUUUAUGCUAUUUGCUACGCAAAAUCCACCUGGAAUAUAUGGUGGUCGUAAAAUGCUCUCUCGGGCGUUUAGAAAUCGUUUUCUGGAAUUGCACUUCGACGAUAUUCCUCAGGAUGAACUGGAAACAAUCAUACGUGAACGUUGCUUAAUUCCGCCAUCAUAUGCUAGAAAGAUUGUAGAAGUUUAUCGACAGCUUUCUGUUCGUCGUUCAGCUAACCGCUUAUUCGAAAAGAAGAACUCUUUUGCAACACUGCGUGAUUUAUUUAGAUGGGCUUUUAGAGAAGCGGUAGGGUAUGAACAACUGGCAGCAAAUGGUUAUAUGCUUUUAGCCGAAAGAUGCAGAAGUACAGAGGAGAAAGAUAUUGUGCGAACUGUAAUCGAACAGGUAAUGAAGGUGAAGCUUGACAUGGAAGCAUAUUACCAGCAGCUGGAAGAUAAAAAUCUUUUUGAAAUGGAGAGCCCAAUUGUGUGGACGAAAGCAAUGCGCAAACUUGCGGUUUUAGUCAGUGCUUGUUUGAAGAAUAACGAGCCUAUUUUGCUUGUUGGAGAAACCGGAUGUGGCAAAACAACAAUUUGUCAACUACUUGCAGAAUAUUACAAAAACAACUUAAUAAUAAUGAACGCUCAUCAGAAUACGGAGACUGGGGAUAUUUUAGGUGCUCAGAGACCUAUUCGUAACCGAGCACAGCUACAGAGUGAUUUAUUAAUGGUAUUAAAAGCGGUAGUACCGGUAAAAACAGAAGCUUCUGAUUUAAACAGUUUACUGGAAGCAUAUAAGAAGAUGGAUAAAUCUUUAGUUGCCGAUGAGACUAAAGAUUUAAUUCAAAAAUUGCAUGACAACAUAGGUAUUUUAUUUGAGUGGAGUGAUGGGCCGUUGACCCAGGCUAUGAAAUUGGGCAACUUUUUUUUACUAGAUGAAAUUUCGCUUGCCGAUGAUUCUGUUUUAGAAAGAUUAAACUCAGUCCUAGAACCCGAAAGAAGUUUGCUACUAGCAGAAAAAGGUACAGUGGAUUCUUUUAUUAGGGCAAAAGACGGUUUCCAAUUUUUUGCUACUAUGAAUCCAGGAGGUGAUUAUGGUAAGAAAGAGCUAUCCCCAGCCCUAAGAAACCGUUUAACUGAAAUCUGGGUUCCAUCAAUGGAUAAUUUAUCAGACGUCAAAAUGAUUGUUACCAGUAAAUUACAGGAUACUGUAAAACAUUUUUCUGAUGCCAUUGUUAAGUUUUCUGCAUGGUAUGGGACAGAAUUUGGCGGUGGAAACCUAUCCAGCGGUGUAAUUUCUCUGCGUGAUAUUUUAUCUCUUGUACAGUUUAUUAACUCUACACAUGAUAAAGUUUUUGACCCUUUAGCAGCGUUAUUACAUGGUGUUUCUAUGGUGUUUAUUGACGCCCUAGGUACUAACAAUACAGCUUACCUAUCGGAAAAUGAGGACAGACUGAACCAGUUGAAGAAGAAGUGCGUCGAUUUCUUAUCUUCUCUAGUAUCCUAUGACUUGAAGGAGUAUUUAUCUAAAGAUGUGGCGAUAGACAUGAAAAGUUCAACCCUACAUGUUGGUAUGUUUUCUAUUGAGCGCAAGUCUUCCAUUAAUGAGCAUAAUGUAUUCAACUUUAAUGCUCCAACGACUGCUAAUAAUUUGAUGAAGGUUGUUCGUGCAAUGCAGGUUCAAAAACCAAUAUUAUUAGAGGGACCUCCAGGUGUUGGUAAAACGAGCUUGAUCUCCGCGUUGGCUGCUUAUACGGGCAAUAACUUAACUCGUAUUAAUCUUUCUGAACAGACGGACUUGGUAGACUUAUUUGGUUCUGAUGCCCCAGGUGAGAAAAAAGGUGAAUUUGUAUGGAAAGAUGCACCAUUUUUAAGAGCGAUGCAAAAGGGCGAAUGGGUCCUUUUAGAUGAAAUGAAUCUUGCCUCUCAAUCAGUAUUAGAAGGACUAAAUGCUUGUUUAGACCACCGUGGAGAAGCCUAUAUCCCAGAAUUAGACAAAUCUUUUGCUCGCCAUUCUAACUUUAUUGUUUUCGCUGCACAGAAUCCGCAAUAUCAGGGCGGAGGGAGAAAGGGUCUACCCAAGUCAUUUAUCAAUCGUUUUAGUGUCGUUUAUGUUGAAAUGCUCACAUCGGAAGAUUUGCUUAUGAUUGCCCGUCAUUUAUACUCCGAUGUUGAACCGGAAGUAUGUGCCUCAAUAAUAAAGAUUAUAUCUACACUGGAGGAAAACGUUAGCAGGAAGAAAUUAUGGGGAUCAUCCGGCUCGCCAUGGGAAUUCAAUCUACGUGAUACGCUUAGGUGGUUAAGUUUGAUGAACAGGAGCUCUAUUUGCAAGGACGUAACGCUUUUCGAUUUUCUCGACGUUAUUGUUACCCAAAGGUUCCGUACAGAAUUUGAUCGCAACCAGGCCCGUGAAUUAAUUAAAGACAUCGUUGGCGAAUGUCCUAAAAGAGACAAUUAUUACCAGUUGACUGUAGAAUAUAUACAGAUGAAUGCAGAAGUGAUAAAGAGGAAUAAUUUGAUUCAUUUUGGAACGAAAACCAAUUCAGCCCCUCUACAGUGCAAUACUAUGGUUUACGAGUCUCUUUUGAGAUGUAUAAAUCAUAACUGGCCAGCUAUUUUGGUAGGACCGGCAGGAUCUGGCAAAACUGGGAUUAUCCAUUACAUUGCAAACAUUACGGGUACCAAGGUCGUUGAGUUUGCUAUGAAUAGUGAUGUAGAUAGCAUGGAUAUUUUGGGUGGAUAUGAGCAGGUGGAUUUGACUAGAAAAAUCACAGUUUUGUUGGGCCGUUUAUUAGAUAUUUUAAGAGAACUGAUAGCCAUUAACCUCACAUCAAGGAGUACAACUGUAAAUACAACUGACAUGCAGCACGCUCUAUUCUUUUUUGAAUAUAUCAGAACCUCAUCUAUUACCAUAGAAAACUUCCAUGAGUUUUUGAACCAUUAUCAGCAGUUUAUCUCUUAUGUGGGAGACUUAGAUGAACUUAAGGAAAUAAAUGAGGGCAUUAGGUCAUUAACUUCUGUUGAUAAUAAAGCAGUUGUUAAUUUUGAAUGGUUUGACGGUUUACUUGUUAAUGCUGUCGAAAAAGGUUGUUGGCUAAUAUUAGACAAUGCAAACUUAUGUUCACCUUCGGUUUUGGACAGGUUGAAUUCGUUACUGGAAACAAAUGGGUCAUUAGUGAUUAAUGAAUGCAGUUUAGCAGACGGUAGGCCUAGAAUUGUGACUCCUCAUCCUAAAUUCCGAUUAUUUUUAACUGUUAAUCCUAGGUUCGGAGAAUUAUCUAGAGCGAUGAGAAAUAGAGGGAUUGAAAUAUACAUGGACGAUAUAUGUGAGAGAGCUACCUCUUUUGAUAAACGAGUAUUAGGAAUUUCCGACCAGAUGAAUACUGAUCAUUUAGAGGAUGCUUUUCCAUUAAUGUCCCUAAAUCGCCAGUCAUUACCCUUACCACUUUCCUCAUUUUUUCCAUGUACCAAUUCUUCACUUUACCCAUUUACAAAACUACACGACACAUUGCUGAUGUCAUCUUCAAGUAUUUCUCAAACGGUCAUUACUGCUUUACCGAUUCUAUCCAGUGAUAUGGUUAAUGCUUGGAGGAAGAAUGUUUUUGCUAACAAUGACUUUGAAGAGCGCGAGAUUGUGGAUUCUCUUGCCGAAUUUUACAACUUUUUAAUUAGUUCAAAAAUUGUUGAUAAGAUGAGAGAAAUAUACAUGAAAACUGAUGAUGAUCCUUAUAUAUCAACAUUAAACACAUUCGCUCUGAACCAGCCGUUAUUAACACUUCUGAAUGUUUAUAACUUUGCGAAUUUGCGAGAUUUACCGCUUUCAAGAUCUUCGGAGUCUAUAAACCUACACCAGCUUCUCGCAUUGUUAUAUUUUUCAAUCCAGAGGAUUGAGUACACCAAGAAAAGAUCUUCCUAUGGUAAAAUUAACGAACUGUCCUAUCUGGAGCAAUCAGCCGCUAUGGCAAAUGGCCGUGAAAUUAAGAAUGGCCCAAAGUUUCCCGUAUUUUCCUUGUUGAUUAAACUCCAACAGUUUGUUCAAAACUCAUUGUCGAAAACACCACUAUUCACUCAUCCUAAUUUUUAUGCCAUGCUAAUCAAACUAUAUUUAAUAUGGGUAGGAAUCUAUUUGACGUCAGUAAAACGUAAUGAAGCUAGGUUACGCGUAUACCAUGAGUUACUAGAGGAAUGGUUACAACAGGCUGAAGAAUUUAUCCCAGAUAUAACCCCAGUUUCUAGUAUUGUAGCUGACUUCGGAAGUGCUAUCGACUUAACUACAGGAAAAUCUAUGCACAUUAUUUGGGAUGCAUUUAGAAAGCGUUACCCUUCUUCUGUUGACCAAUGGCAGCAGCUGGAGGAAUUUGAGGAAGUUGCCGAUAAUUUUGAUUGCGUUGCUAAAGAGCAGUUUGAUGAAUCGUAUCCACUUAUCAAAGAGUUAAGAAACGUCUUUGCAGAGUUGUAUGACGAUAUUUUGUUUGGUAGGAAACAAUCUGUUGCAUCCAUUAUAUCUCAACUCAAAAAUGGAAUUAUCCAGUUGCGCACUAUAUCGUAUUCAUUCCUUACUGUUAGAGAUCAUUAUUUUAAAGAUGAAUUUUCCGCCAUAAUCAGGUUUUUACUGGGAAAGGAAGUAGACUGUUCAUUUGAGAUGAUAGAUAGCAUUGCAUCCAACAGUUGCAUUGCAACAAAUAAGAUUGUUAAAAUCAAGUCCCAAGCGUAUCCCUUCCCAGCUGUAUUUGAUUUAUUGUGGACGAGGGAAAAUGAUAAGUUUAUUUCUAUGACUGACAAUAUUUUUACAGCCUCAUUGUUGCAAAAACUAACUUCCAAAUCGUUAGCAUUGAGAUCAUUCAGUUGUUGCAGAAUCACUCAAGUGAUUUCAGACGCAAAAUUAUUGGCGAAUGCAUUGGUUGGCUCUUCUUUAGCUAUUUUAGAUAACCAGUUGGAGCUUUAUAAAAGCGUGCUAACAAACUGGUAUAGAAAAAUUGUUUCCAUACACGUAUCUAUGGACUUGACACAUAACAGCUACCACGAAAUUACAUCUAUCGUAAGAGAUCAUGCAUAUCCAGAGUUUGUGUCCAUACAUGAAAAGUUUUUACUAGGCUCUGUACUGACACUUGAAAAGGAUCUCACAAGUGAAUCACUAGGUAGGGCCUGGGUUCUCUUUGGUAGUGGUCUAAUACAGCUCUUUGUUCCAAGUUCUCCUUAUGAUCCCGCUGUGCGCGACCACGUCAUUUUAGAUCAUUUUAGAAGAUACAAGGAACAAACAGAUGAGUUGGCGAAGUCUUGGAAGGUUGUUAGAACUGUAACAACUGGCGAAGAACCACUUCUAAUAGAGGGAAUGAUUAAACUUCAAGAGGUUAAGGAUCCACAACAGCCGGCGGUCUUUAGACCAUCUAGCUCUAUUGAUUCUUUAUUUGACGAAUGGUUGGCAUUUAUGUCUGCAACUGUUGACAUAAAGCCCGUGGAGCAGCUGCUAUCAUCAAUUCAAAACUAUUCAGAUAUGACUGAGAACCACUUGUUUAAUUUUCAGCAAAAUACAUCACAAUUUUUGUCCAGGCUGUCUUCAGGCUAUAAACAUUAUUCGGAUCUAAAUGACAUAUUUAGUGGCUAUGUGUUUGCGUUAAAGUUUGGUUUUGAUUUGCUAAUGUUAUCGAAAAAAAGCGAGAAAGCUAUCAUGUCAGUCAACCCACUAUGGGCUAUGGACUUUACUGUAAUUACUGACCCGAACAAAAUUGAAUACAGUCUAGAUAACAUGUCAACAUUUUUGAAGCAAGAGCCGGUCAACUCUUUAAAAGUCGAACGCAUCCUUGUUCAUUAUAUGAACUUAGUGAGACUUCAUGCCAUGGAUGAACAAAUAAUACAAGUGUUGGAUCGUGUACUCCAAUCGCUCUACUAUCGAUGGACCCUUCGCCGUAUGCAGGAUGAAAAAGCAGCUCAGGUAAAAAAUAGUACUUACAGGUACAAUGACGAUUCAGACAACGUGGAGGAGGAUUUUAAGAAACUUUUCCCUGACUAUGAAGAUGUUCUUUCGAUUGAAGCAGUGCCUAAGGGUUGUGAAGCUUACGAUGCUUCACUAAGCGAACUGUAUUAUGAAGUGGCAAAGUCUUAUAUUAGUUUAUUCGAUAAAGCCAAUGAACCUUCGGUAUCCACAUUAAUUGUGGAAGGAUCCAAUGUGGUUGAGAUACUAUCUGAAGAUGGAAACUUUAAUUCAUAUCCAUUAGAAAAUAACACUUUCACCUCUGUGCUAUAUACAUUGUCGUCCGAGAUAGAGAGCUUCAAUGGAUCUUCAGCUUAUGGGGAUUUGGACUUUUACCACGACUAUUCCAUUUUGGAGACCAAGAAGGCAACUGAAAUUAUUGAAAAAUUGUUGAACUCCACCAAUAAUUUACUAGCCCAAUGGCCCGAAAAUUCUACCCUGAAUGAUCUCUUUAGGAUAUGCAAAGAGUUCUUGCAAUACCCAAUUAAUACGCCUAUAGCAAAUUUGCUGCAAAAGAUUGAACAAAUUUAUACUUUUGCAUCAGAGUGGGAGAAAUACGCAGCCAAAUCAGUAUCGCUAUCUUCUCACGUCAGUGAUAUAACAUCCCUUAUCGUAUCAUGGAGGAAGCUUGAGCUACAGACCUGGAAUAGUUUGUUUAACUUUGAAGCUGAACAAUUUGAAAGGAAAAUCGGCCAAUGGUGGUUCCACCUAUUUGAAAGCAUUAUCCUUGCACAUUUAGAGGAUAAAGGGUCGGAAAACAUCUCUAAAUUGCUAAUGACUAUAAACGAAUUUUUUAGCAAGAGCACAUAUGGUGAAUUCAAUAUGCGUUUGAAACUUUUACAUGCUUUCACAAAACAUAUUCAAGUUACUAGUGGUGAUAAAUCGCAGUUGUUUCAUUCACUCAGAAAUAUCAUUACAUAUUACGAGCAAUUCACCCCAAUUAUCAACGAGCAACUGGCAACUAGACGUAAAAGUCUGGAAAAGGAGAUAGCAGAAGUUAUACUCUUAGCCAGUUGGAAAGACGUUAACAUAGAUGCCUUAAAACAAAGUUCACGUCGGUCACACAAUAAGCUUUACAAGCUGGUUCGAAAGUACCGUGAAUUACUAUCUACUGAUGUUAUGGCAAUGAUACAAGCCGGGUUGAGUUCUGCGCACAAAGUCUUUUCUAAACCAAAUUGCAUCCAAGGAAUUAAUUUUGUCCAGUUGAAUCUUGAUAAAGCCAGCGAAGUGGCCGAAGCUUGCUCUAUUUGGUCUUCAAGACCAGAGAUAUUAAAAAACAUUUCGCUAAUGGAGAAAAAUAUGAAAUUUUAUGUCUCUCAAAUCACCGCUUAUACUUUCCCAGAUCUGUUAAAUUUUGCUCAGUCUGUUUCUGCGGAAGCAGAAAGAUUGAGGUCAGCAACUCCGGGCGUGUAUGCCAAAGACAAGAAGAAGUUACUGGCUGUAUUAAGGAAUCAAAAAAGGAAGGCGUUGAGUGAUACAUUAAAGGAGUUUAAACGCAUGGGCUUGAAGACAAGCUUUAGGAAAGAUAUUCGUGAUUUACAAAGCUCGAUUACUUCUAUUUUAGCCAAUAGCAAAUCAUUCAGUGAAACAAGCAUCGAUUCAUGCGAUGCUUAUUACUUUAGGGUUUUGGACAUUAUCCCCAGGAUGAGGAAUGCUGCAUCUACUCCAAACGAGGAAAUCCCCGAAGCUGAUAUUUCAAAGGGGUUGGCCGUUAGUGAAAAUCUCAUUUUCUCAUUGGUACAGAGCAGGGAGCUAAUUUUUAACUUCGCGGCUGAUUAUGACAAUUUUGGUAAUUCACGCGAUUACUUACAGGAGGUUGCAACUUCUAGCCGUAUAAAGAAUGUCUCCUUAGGUUUGCAUUAUAAUAUGAUCACCAAAAAUUACAAAUGGCUUUCUUCACUUCUGCAAUUUGCCGUUGACGCCUUGAACUCAAUAUCGAGAAGCACAAACUUACAUGCAAAAGUUGAUUUCUUACAAUCAGCUAUAGAAAAGAUAUCAUCUUUUAGCAUCUUUGCAAGUGAAAUAUUUUUAAAUGAUGAAUUCGAAAAACAAAUGCUGGAAUUUAGGUCAUUUGUGGAUGCUUUCAUUAAGGAACUGGAUGCUCAGAAAGGCACACCAUAUUCAUUUGUGUAUGAAUCUAUCUCUUGUUGGUUAAGAGCUCAAGAUUCCUUAACUAUUGGUAAAGUAGAGGAAUGUCAAGAUGGUUUCAUUCAAAAAGUUGACCAACAUUUGCGUAAGUUGACGACAUCAAUCAUUCUCUCCAUCCAACGCUUAAUGGAAAACCAAGAAGAACCGAUUACGGAAGAUACAGACAGAUGGGUUAUACUUGUCAAUAAACGUAUUACGAGAAAUAUCAAGUUUUUGAACUCUGCUAAUAUUACCAGUGAAAUAAAUCAACUCAAGGAGAUAUUAAAGAAUUCAGAGCUAAGUGAUGAGGUAGCUCAUACUGUAAAUGCGAUCAUAUCUCUAUCUAUGCCAAUGAUUAACAGAUAUUACAAUUUACUUGCAACUACUUUAGACUUGGUCAAGGACAACUAUUAUAAGACAUCGCGUGCAACUUAUAUUUUCUGCACCUUACUUUACAACUUAAGUAAAGAUGGGUUCUGUUCUCCUGAGCCGGCAUCAGAGGAAACCGAAGAUAACAAUUUAAGGGACGGAACUGGUUUAGGUGAUGGAGAAGGUGCCCAAAGCAAUUCAAAUGAUAUUGAGGAAGAUGAAGAUCUCCUGGAAAAUGCCCAAAAGUCUAAUAACGAUCAAAAGGAUGAUGAUGAAGAGGAUAAAAAUGAAGAUAAUGCCAUUGAUAUGGAGGGAGAAAUUGCAGGGGAAUUGGAGAAUGCAUCGGAUGACGACGGUAGCGAUAAUAAUGAGAACGAAGAUGAAUUGGAGGAGGAACUAGACGAUCUAGAUGAGAAUGAUUCUAACGCAAUUGAUGAGAAGAUGUGGAAUGAAGAUGCUGAGGAAAACUCAAAGGAAAAAGACUCAGAGAAAAUGCCCGACGAUUCAGCUGCAGAUGACAUUCAAGCUUCCAAAGAUGAUGAGCAGAAAAAAGAAGCAGAUAAUAAGGAUGAACCCAAAGAUGAUUAUGCAAGUGCGGACGAAGGACAAGAACAAAACCAAGAGGUGGAAGAAGACAAAGAUGCAGAAGAUGAAGAAGAUGUUGCUGAACAAGAGGAUGAAGUUAAACAGGAUGUAAACGAAAAUUUAGAAGCCAAUGUACCUGAAGUUGAAACAAUGGAUUUACCGGAUGAUAUGAACCUUGACUCAGGCGAAGAUAAUGAAGUAGAGGACGAGAGCGAAGGCUUUGAGGAUAAAAUGGAUGUGGAUGAGGAAGAGGAGGAACAACCGCAGCAUCCAAACAAUAUAGAGGAAGCGGAGAUUAACCUUGAGGAAGAUGCCGAAGAGGACGCAGAACCAGAUGAAGAUGUGGAUAUGGAGGACAACGCUCCAGAGGCCAAUGAAAACAUUGAAGAGAAUGAUAUUGAAAAUGAGAGGGAUAACAGUUGUCAAUCUGAUGAUGAACUAGAAGAGAAUACCAAUGAGACCCAAAAAGAACAAGGCGUUGAAGAUGAAGCUAUGGAAGAUAUUGAAGCAUUAGAUGGUGUUGAAGAUCAAACAAUGAAUCAGGAAAUUGAUGAAAGCGCUGCUGCGGAACAGAAAUCUGGUGCCAUUGGCGAUGGAGCCCAAGCCACUGCUGAGGAAGAGCAGAUGGAUAUCGGAAGUUCUGGAAUGGCCCAAACACAUGAACUUCAAGAAAAUACCAAUGAUAAUAUCCAGGAUUCGUCUCGUGAAGAGGCUAGGGAAAGUUUGAAACAGCUAGGUGAUGCACUAAAGGAAUAUCAUCGUCGCCACCAAGAGAUUAAGGAGGCUUCUGAGAACGAUGAAGUUUCUCAAGAAGAUCAUGCAAAUAUCAAUCCCGAGGAAUUUGAACAUAUCAAUGGGGCUACCACAGACACUGAUACUCAAGCAUUAGAUACAGCUGAAAAUAAUCAGAAAACCUCUAUAGAUGAGGACAAGGCAAUUGAAGAAGAUGUCCAACAGCAUCAUGAGAAUGAAAACGAUAGCCCUGCCGAGUCAGAUGCCCUCGACGGUGUUCAAAAAGAUGAUUCAAAUGAAGAGCCGUUUAAAGAUGACUGUAUUCCAGAUAAUCUCGAAGAUUCUAACAGUAUGGGCGCAUUUAUCGGAGAAAGGAAACCAACAUACGAAGACUCUAACCAUUUACAUGGUGGAGAUAUCGACAUGGAGGGGGACAAUGUUGACAGAGUUAUUGAAAAUAUAGAAAAGGAAAUACAAGAAGACGAACUAGAUGCAGAUCCUCCUCGUUCAAUCGAGGAAUCAAGAAAACUAUGGAAAAAUAGCGAAUCUUCUACCCAUGAUUUGGUAGCUUUGUUAAGUGAACAACUGCGUCUCAUUUUAGAGCCUACACUUGCAACAAAGUUGCGAGGAGAUUACAAAAACGGUAAACGGCUGAAUAUGAAGCGAAUAAUAUCAUAUAUUGCUUCACAAUUCCGUAAAGACAAGAUUUGGCUGAGAAGAACAAAACCAAGUAAACGGCAGUACCAGGUUAUGAUUGCAGUUGAUGAUUCAAAGUCUAUGAGCGAGUCCAGAUCAGUUGAUUUGGCCUUCCAAAGUAUUUGCCUAGUCUCUAAGGCACUGACACAGCUGGAAUCAGGCGGUCUUUCUAUUGUUAAGUUCGGGGAAACCACAAGGGAGGUUCAUCCAUUCGAUAAGCCAUUCGGUACAGAAUCAGGUGCCCAAACCUUCCAGUGGUUCAAUUUCCAGGAAACAAAAACUGAUGUCAAGAAGUUGGUUGCGGAAUCUAUAAAAAUCUUUGAUCGCGCGAGAACCUUCCAAAAUAACGAUCUCUGGAGGCUAGAAAUAAUUAUUUCAGACGGUGUAUGUGAAGACCACGACGUUAUCCAAAAGCUGGUUCGUCGUGCAUCAGAGAACAAAAUUAUGUUGGUUUUCGUUAUUAUUGACGGUAUCAACUCCAAUGAGUCAAUUCUCGAUAUGAGCCAAGUUAAUUACGUUCCUGAUCAGUUUGGAACUCCUCAACUAAAAGUCGUGAAAUAUUUGGAUACAUUCCCGUUCGAGUUCUACGUUGUUGUACAUGAUAUAUCAGAACUUCCUGAGAUGUUGUCCAUUAUUUUACGUCAAUACUUUUCAGAAAUGGCUACAAUAUGA